UCAAAGGUUUCAACAUUCUGCUAACAUUCUGAGUACUUGUUGUUCAUUACAGGAACUAACAUCACUGAACUGAGAUGUUGUUGGACUCCAGGAGAGGUGCAGGCUUCUAAAUUUAAACAGCAGUUGUCACCCUCAGAAAGGGCCACAUUCCUAAUCCAUAUAUGUGCAUGAAAGAGCUUAGGCAGACUGGAUGGGGCAGAUUUCCCAGACACAGCUUUGCAUUCCUCUUGGUGGAGUGUGGAUGUGAAUGCCUGUUCCCAAUGCGGCUGACAGACUUAAACCGUGAAUGCCUGCUUCACAUUUUCUCCUUUCUGGAUAAGGAGAACAGGAAAAGUAUGUCCAGUACUUGCCAAGUGCUGCGGGAAGUCUUCCACGACCCUGCUCUGUGGUCCCUGCUGUCUUUCUCUUCGCCAUCAGAGCUAACGAAGGACAACUUCCUGCUGAGCUCUGCGUUGCGCUCCCUGUCUAUCUGCUGGCACUCCAGCCGGGUGAAGGUCUGUAACAUUGAGGACUGGGCGAAAAGCAGCUUCCAGAGGGACAUCUGCAGUCGCCACUGUACUCUGGUCAACAGCUUCUUGGCUGAAGUAAGCAACAGAUGUCCAAACUUGCUAUCGUUAACCCUUUCAGGAUGUGGACACCUUAACGACGGCUGCAUCACCCAAAUCCUGGAGAAAUGUCCCAAACUAAAUACUUUGAAACUGGAGAACUGUGCGCGUCUGACUGAUAAAACCCUGGAGGCAGUGGCCACCUACGGGACCAACGUGAAGAUGCUGCAUGUGGACUUCUGCAGGAAUAUCACACAGGAGGGGCUUGACGUGAUCCGAGGGGCCUGCCCUUCCCUGUCCCUCCAUGCAGAGCACAGUGCCACGAUGAUUCCCGAUCUGCCCGAUUCACGCCACAGCCUUGGGAAAGGGAUGAAGAAGCAAUUGCUCUGGUAACAGUGGCUGAGCACCACGGACUACUGGGAGGCGGGCACUGCCCAUGUUGUGAGUCCGUGACUACAGCCAGAUCUUUACAAGAACAGACAGAAGACCACAGGCACAGCCUCACUGUGAGGAAUGGGGGUGAAGUUGAAGAGUUGCUGUGGGUCCAUCUCAUGCUUCCUCCAGUCUCAGGGGGGCUGUGUGUGGCCCAAGAGGUCCCUGCUCUCGAUACCUUCUAUCUAAGGCACUCACAUCUGGUGCGGAUUUGAUGUGUGAUUCAAAGGCUCUGACGACAAUUGCAUCCGGACCUCCACUUCAGCCAGAUGUUCCCACAAUGAGCCACCCGGAGGUACUAGGGCCAGAGCCAAUUUGAGAAACACGCAACUCCCUUGUCCAUUCGUCCCCACCAUCCCUCCCCACUGAUCUCCCUCCUGGCACUUACCCGUGUAAGCGGAACAAAUGCUACACAUGCCCUUACACUUCCUCCCUUACCACCAUUCAGGGCCCCAGACAGUCCUUCCAGGUGAGGCGACACUUCACCUGUGAGUCGACUGGGGCGAUAUACUGCGUCCGGUGCUCCCGAUGUGGCCUUCUAUAUACUGGCGAGACCCGACACAGACUGGGAGACCGCUUUGCUGAACACCUACGCUCUGUCCGCCGGAGAAAGCAGGAUCUCCCAGUGGCCACACAUUUUAAUUCCACGUCCCAUUCCCAUUCUGGUAUGUCUAUCCACAGCCUCCUCUACUGUAAAGAUGAAGCCACACUCAGGUUGGAGGAACAACACCUUAUAUUCCGUCUGGGUAGCCUCCAACCUGAUGGCAUGAACACUGACUUCUCUAACUUCCGCUAAUGCCCCACCUCCCCCUUGUACCCCAUCCGUAAUUUAUUUAUAUACACACAUUCUUUCUCUCUCUCCUUUUUCUCCCUCUGUCCUUCUGACUAUACCCCUUGCCCAUCCUCUGGGCUUUUCCCCCCUCCCCCUUUUCCUUCUCCCUGGGCCUCCUGUCCCAUGAUCCUCUCGUAUCCCUUUUGCCAAUCACCUGUCCAGCUCUCGGCUCUAUCCCUCCCCCUCCUGUCUUCUCCUAUCAUUUUGGAUCUCCCCCUCCCCCUCACACUUUCAAAUCUCUUACUAACUGUUCCUUCAGUUAGUCCUGACGAAGGGUCUCGGCCUGAAACGUCGACUGUACCUCUUCCUAGAGAUGCUGCCUGGCCUGCUGCGUUCACCAGCAAGCUUGUUGUGUGUUAGUUCAAUUUAUAAUUUCAGAUGGGAGAUUGCCGGAAAGCCAGCCAAUCCGAAAUUUCAGCUCCCAGUAUCUUAUUUUUGGGAUGUUCCUAACUUUGAAUUGGAAUUGGUUUGUUACUGUCACAGUGAAAACCUUGUCUUGUAUACUGUGCAUACAGAUGAAACCAUGACACAGUGAGUACAGUCAGGUUAAAGAAGGUAAAAUGUAGAAUAGAGUGCAACGUCGAUAGAGAAGGUGCAGUGCAGGUGAACAAGGUCAUGACAAGCUAGAUUCAGAAGUCAUGAGUCCAAGUUAUCGUACGUCAAUCGUGCAAAGACUGACUGCGAGAACAACUCGCUCACCAACCCAAGUCUGUAUUUCAGAAAAGAAUUGCUAACAGUUGCUUAGCUCUGAGAUUUCACUCUUGUCUCUGAUUUCGGUGGAGCUGCAGGAACCUGUCCCUCAGCGCAGCCUGAACCAACUAUAACUUGCAGAUAAGAUGCCAACCUGUCUGCCCUGUCCACUGCGGGGAAAUGAUCCUGGAGCCUCUUGCAUAGAACGUGACAAAGGAACAGCUCAUUCGGAUCAACGUUGAUGUGGAGGCUUCUCCAGAAUCUCUCAAAUUUGUCUUAUUCACCUAAAUUCAUUUUCCAUUUCUUCUGUAGACACCUGAGCAUUUUGACAAUUUGUCUCAGCUGCUUCCUCUCGCAGUGAGUUCCAUCCUUCUGAAUGUCAUUUUGGAUUCCUGGCGAAGGUCUCGCACUGGCAGCCUCUGUCUUCUCUCAUUCCUGGAAGUUGAAACCCUUCCCUGGGUGUCAACAGGACCUGGUUUAUCUGGGGGUGAGGGCGCAUGUUUGAUGGAUCAGACUCAGAGGGGAACCCCCAUAUUCUUCCAUGAUCUUUCUUUUCCACCCUUGGUGCAGAUAUUAAUCAGGGUCCUGGAACAACCCCAACCCAGAGCUCGGCCUGACUGACUGGCUUGACCCAGUCAGCACAAUUGAUUUUCCAGGACCUGGCAGUCUCCAGUGCCAGGGUGGAGUCCACAUGUAUCCACCCCUUUAGAAUGGUGUUCAGUCAGGGGAGAGGAGGGGGUGUGGU